GGGUUGGGACAUCUUGCUGGAGCCGGGACAUGGAGGCUUUCUACCUGUUUUGCUGAAGGCUGGAACGGCUAUCUGAGGUUUAUUUCUCCUGCUCACACAGAGAUAAAGCAGCUCUGAUUUACCUCCAGCAGGACUGUGCACCGAGAUGACCCGGGGCAGUCUCCAGCCGUGGUCGCAGGGUGUCAUAGCGGUGGUUGUGUUUCUGGUCCUGGUGGCCAUUGCUUUUGCCGUCAACAGGUUCUGGUGUAAGGAGAAAGUGGAAAACGUUGAGACCGUCGUGAGUGUCGAGGGCAAGCAGGAUGCUGUGAUGUCCAACGGCCAUGAAGGGAGAUACGUAACUGCUGCAGCCAACUUCAGGUCCAAAGAGAACCAGCAUGCCUACGAGAACACCUUGGAGCCUGAGGAGAAGGUGAUCACCACCGCCAUGUAGCAGGUGCCUUGCCUGGCUCUUCUCCUUCCUCCUCUCACUUUACUUCCCGCUGUCAUGAUGGACAUUUUCGCAGGGCCCUCUGCGCCAGCAUCACCCGUGUGCAGCAGCUCCACGAUCUCUCCGUAACAUCAUCAUCUCCUGGUCUUUUCUCUUCCCACGUGUAGGAUGUACUCUUCUGGCUGAGGGACUGGUGUCCAUAUGGGCAUUGUCCUCAGGAGAGGUCUGGAGGUGCCACCUCUCCUACACGGUGGUCAGCCCACCUGGUCAAUGAAGUUGAUGUCCCCAGUCCCAUGGGGGUGCUGACAUGGAGGAGACCCCGCUGGAUGCCUGGGACCUCAUCACACCCAAAGCUUCCUUCCAGGGAGCUGCUGCUGAAACACCCACUCUCUUCUCCACAUUUCGCCCUCCUUUUUACAACACCAUGCGUCUUAAUGCCAGAACAAACUUUCUCCCUUGUAUAUAUCUUCCCUGUGAGCAAUAAAGAGAGUUGUUGCCCAU